CUCCGCCAUGAAAGGUGAACUGCUUCUGCUUUGGGGCGCGUUGGCCCUGCUCCGGCUGGCAGGCAGCUGCCCAGAGAAGUGCCACUGCCACUCCUCCUCACGAUCCAUAGACUGCAGCCGGAGGGGGCUGGCUGAGGUCCCUCAGGAUUUGCCUCCGCAGACUCAAACGCUGCUCUUGCAAGACAACCAGAUAGGCCAGCUUCCUGCAUUUGCGUUUAGGUCGGUGCCACAGCUCACGACCCUGAACUUGGGCAACAAUUCCCUUUCGCAUCUGGCCGCCGGGGUUUUCCAUGGACUCCAGCACUUGCAGGUCUUGAACCUGACCCAGAACUCCCUGCAUUUUCUGGAAAGCAGGCUUUUCCACUCCCUCCCACAGCUGAGGGAGCUUGAUUUGUCAUCAAACGACAUCAGGCACCUUCCCACAUCCCCGGGGAAGCCUUGGCAGAACCUGACCGUUUUUGCAGUUCAACAAAACCAGCUUCAGCACCUUGAUCGAGCACUCCUGGAAUCCAUGCCCAGAGUGAGGCUUUUACUUCUCAAGGACAACCUCUGGAAAUGCAACUGCCACUUGCUCAGUCUUAAACUCUGGCUGGAGAAAUUUAUCUAUAAAGGGGGAGUAACAGACAGUGUCAUCUGUGCGUCACCAGACACCUGGAAGGGAGAGGACCUCCUGAAGAUCCCUCAUGAGCUGUACCAGCCCUGCCCUUUCCCUUCUCCGGAUGUAGGCUCCUCCAGGGGGCAGCAGCUGGGUUCUGCCCACCAGCCUGUUCCCGUGUCUCCCGAGACCCACAGUUUGGGGGAGCAAGAACCCUCAGAGUGUGAGCUCAAACCCAAACCAAGGCCGGCCAGCCUGCGUCACGCGGUGGCCACUGUCAUCAUCACAGGGAUUGUGUGCGGGAUUGUAUGUCUCAUGAUGUUGGCUGCAGCCAUCUAUGGCUGCACCUAUGCGGCCAUCACAGCCCAGUACCAUGGGGGACGCUUGGCUCAGACCAAUGAGCCUGUGAAGAUGGAAGGAAAAGAGCUGUAUGCCAGCUCACCAGCCUGAGAACCUC